UCCCACACACAGGAGCCGCCGCCGGCUGCUGCUUCCCCCCUGCUCUGCUCCGCCGCACUGCAAAUCCGCCUGCCCGAGAGCCGCCGCCGCCGCCGUCGGAGAGGACGGCAAGGUAAGAUUCCGGUGCCGGCGAUUGGAGGUGCGGACAGCAGCAUCGUCGGGCCCCGCUGCACAGGACUUGCGAUGAUUCAGCUCAACCAAGCUACGCCGCUCAAAACCCUAGGCCUCUCCUCUGCCCGGCGGGGCACCGGCCGCCCGAUGGCGCCCUUCAGGUGCGCCGCUUCCGCUCGGAGCUACAACAUUACGCUGCUCCCCGGCGACGGCAUCGGCCCGGAGGUGGUGGCCGUCGCCAAGGACGUCCUCUCCACCGCCGGCUCCAAGGAAGGCGUCGAGCUCCGGUUCCAGGAGAUGCUGAUGGGCGGGGCGGCGCUGGACGCGGUCGGCGUGCCGCUCCCCGACGAGACGCUCGCCGCGGCACGGGCCUCCGACGCUAUCCUACUCGGCGCGAUUGGAGGGUACAAGUGGGAUAACAAUGAGAAGCAUCUGAAGCCGGAGACUGGUCUGCUCAAUAUCCGUGCCGGUCUUGGUGUCUUUGCUAAUCUGCGGCCAGCCACAGUGUUACCGCAGUUAGUAGAUGCAUCUACUUUAAAGAAAGAGGUAGCUGAAGGAGUUGACAUCAUGGUUGUUAGAGAGCUUACUGGCGGGAUCUACUUUGGCAAACCUAGGGGUUUUGGAACCAAUGACAAGGGAGAGGAAACUGGCUUUAACACUGAAAUAUAUACAGUUUCUGAGAUUGACCGUAUUGCCCGUGUUGCAUUUGAGGUUGCCCGCAAGAGAGGAGGGAAACUAUGCUCGGUGGACAAAGCAAAUGUUCUUGAGGCAUCUAUGCUUUGGAGGAAACGGGUAACUGCAAUAGCUUCCGAAUUCCCUGACGUGGAACUCUCACACAUGUAUGUUGAUAAUGCUGCAAUGCAGCUCAUUCGGAAUCCUAAGCAGUUUGACACAAUCGUGACAAACAAUAUUUUUGGAGACAUAUUAUCGGACGAAGCAUCGAUGAUCACAGGAAGCAUUGGAAUGCUCCCAUCUGCUAGUGUUGGUGAAUCGGGACCAGGUCUUUUCGAACCUAUUCAUGGUUCUGCCCCUGAUAUUGCUGGGCAGGACAAGGCAAACCCGUUGGCUACAAUUCUUAGUGCUGCAAUGCUGUUGAGAUAUGCCCUAGGAGUAGAAAAUGCUGCAAAGAGAAUUGAAGCUGCGGUUACAGAAACACUGGACAAUGGGUUCCGAACUGGGGACAUCUAUUCUCCUGGGAUGACAUUAGUUGGAUGCAAGCGAAUGGGAGAGGAAGUCUUGAAGGCCUUGGAAUCACAGAAGUCUCUGUUAUCCAUUGGUUCUUAAUGUAAAACCUGCUUACCAGGAUUUGAACCUGCAACGAAGAGGAACAUGGCCCUAGAUUGUGUGAUUUGCCUGCACCUCUAGUCAUGAACUUAGCCGAUCGAUUGUCAUUUUCUCUUUGUGUUAUUGGACACAUUUCAUGUGCGUUGAUUGAAUUUGGUCCGAGAUGAAUAAAACUGGGGGUGGUUGUUCCAUGUA